AUGCUCUUUCUUUCUUCAUUUGAUAAACAAGCAUUAUUAUACAUAAUGAUAUUAAACCUUUUCAAAUUUAUCAUUAACUUAAUCUAUGAGAUUCUCAUUAAAAUGGUAGGAAACAAAAGGGAAAAAAAUGGUACACAACAUUAAUUAGCACUAAUUUUGGGAAUAAAUUAUUCUCCAAAACUAUUUACAAAGCUACAAAAUACAAGUUCAAAUUUCAAGCAAAAUAAUUUUUAAUCUCAUAAAUUAUGGUCAUAAUAAAAAGAAAAAAAUCAAUUUUAUGUUGUUUCAUGUCCUUUCUUAACAUUGACGGACACAAUAGAUGAACGAGAAAAAUGCAUUAGGGAAUAUUAAAAAUUCUUUAAAAGAGAAGCUUUGCUUAAGAGCUAAAUUAAAUGCUUAUAUAUAGUUACUGAAUAUGAAAGGACUGACAUAAUAAAAGCCAAUUUGCUUAGUUGUAUUAAAUGGUUCCACUAAUAUAAAGAUUUGAUUACAAUUGUUAUUACUUCAUUUGAAAAAGCUGAUGAUCAAAGUAAGAGUUCUUCAGAACUUUACAGUUCUUUGUCAAUAUUUGCACCAGCAGACAAGAGAAUAAUUUUAGUAAAUAACAAUAAAGAUUCACAGCAUUUGAAUCAAUAAUUUUUAAAUGCUGCCUAAGAAGUAAGUAAGAAGGGAGAAUUUCAUCCAAGAAACACAAUUUUUGAAGAAUAUGAUUAAUAGGAAGGCAAUCGAAUAAUGUAAUAGUUACAGUUAUCAAUAAGAAAAGAAAGAAUAUGA